GUGAAAACAAACCAUUUAUUUAUUGUUUUGCGAAAUAUUUCACAUUUGAUGUGAAAUUGAAUUAAAAUUAAAUUGAAUUAUAUUUAGGAUUGAAUUGAUUUGAAACACAGAACCCAUAGACGAGUGGCAGUGUUUGGAUCAAUUGGGAAGUGAUGUCUGAAGCAAACGUUCCCCGACUGUUGGCCACCGCAAAGUAUCGAUACGCGGAUCAAAGCAAACGUGACAUAAUGUCUGCCAUCAAUAACUACCGAAAUCUGAGUCCAUUAGUGGAGAAGUAUGUGUAUCCGGACGGCAGUGAUCGAGACCUGUUGUGUCUGACGGGAACAAUCCCUGUGCCCUAUAAGGGCUCCGUUUACAACAUUCCGGUCACCAUUUGGUUGACUGAAUCGCAUCCAUACAACGCCCCCAUCUGUUACGUCAAACCCACUCAAGACAUGACAAUCAAAGUGUCGAAACACGUGGACAACUCGGGCCGCAUAUAUCUGCCAUAUCUGAGCGACUGGAAGGCCAAUACGUCGGACCUCUUGGGAGUGAUUCAAGUGAUGAUCUGUGUGUUCGGCGAAACGCCUCCCGUUUACUCGAAG